UUUUUUUUAAUUAAAAGUUUAAUAUGGAAAAGUAAAAUCUUUCCCAUGUAGCCAAUUAAAUUACCAAGAUGUUGAUCUUUUAGAUGAAAAAUGCUACGAAAGGUUAAAAAGUAAUGACGAUGAUGAAAGUAUCAAUCAUCAAAUUCCUUGUAUGGAAAUCAGGUCAACCACCAAUUCAUGCGUCUACACCAAGCUAUCUAUAUAUGCUCUUGAAGAAACUCAACGCACGAGGAGGAUUACUUGCUUUUUUAUUUUUAUUUUUAUUAAAAAACAAAUAGCAUACCACUUAGAAAUUAGAAAGACCACGAUAAACAAGUUUAGGACUUGCCAAGCAGAAGAUUAAAGAUCCAAAUCUACACAUUUUCUCGUCUCUUUGCACUGUAGAGACAUGUUGCCCUGGUCCAAAAUAUCGUCGGAUUCGCUUCCUCCUCUUCCAGAAAACCGCAUCGUGGUGGGUGUUGGUAGUGCUUCGGUGGAUUUCUUGGCGACAGUGGCUGCUUAUCCCAAGCCUGAUGAAAAAUUAACAAGCACCAGUUCUAAGGUUCAAGGAGGUGGAAGUGCGGCCAAUGCGUUAACUUGUGCAUCUCGAUUGGGCUUAAAUGCAAGGCUCAUUUCCAAGGUUGCCGAUGAUUUACAAGGAAAGAGUAUACUGGAGGAGCUCCAGGCUGACGGGGUAGAUACUUCAUUUAUGGUGGUUUCCAAGGGCGGCUCCUCACCAUUUACUUAUGUCAUUGUUGAUGAGCAAACGAAAACUCGUACUGGAAUUCUCACCCCUGGAUAUCCUCCCAUGAUACCUGAUGACCUUUCCCGAUCAAGUUUAUUAUCUGCCCUUGAUGGAGCAAGAAUUGUAUAUUCUGAUGUACGGUUUAUUGAAACUGCCUUGCUUGUAGCACAGGAGGCUUCUUGCAGAAACAUACCCAUUUUAGUUGAUGCAGAUUACAAAAGCGAACAGUUGGGUGAUCUUCUAAAAUUGGCUGAUUAUGUUGUGUGCUCAACAAAAUUUCCACAGGCAUGGACUGAAGCACCAUCUAUUCCAAGUGCACUUGUUUCCAUGCUUUUGAGAUUGCCAAAUAUCAAAUUUGUAGUUGUGACUCUAGGUGAAGAAGGAUGCAUAAUGCUUGAAAGAAGUGUAAAUGAGGAUCUUCCAACAGAAGAAAUUGAUAUAGACAGCUUAUUAGAGUUGCUGAUGCAGAAAACAGAUGAUAGCAUAACCUUCCCAACAUUUGUCCCAUCGUCAGUAGCAAAACUAAGAGCCAACAAAUUUGGGACAGUCCAUGGGAGGUUGAUUGUUGGAACGGCUGAGAAAAUACCACCUUUAGAGCUCCUUGAUACAACUGGUGCUGGUGAUGCAUUUAUUGGAGCAGUUCUUUAUGGUAUUUUAAAUUAUUCAAACUUUAACAAGGAUGUUUUUUUUAUCUGUUAAUUCAUUUUGAUGAAAUUUUGAAAAUAACAAAAAGAAAAAGCUUGUUUCUUACAAUUACUUAUCAUUAUUCCAGGUAGAAGUCAGAUCAGUGCAAACCUCAUUUCUACUGCCCUUUCUACU